ACCUUUUAAACGCUGCACCACACGGAUGUACUUCAGCUCACAUGUGCGUUUUGGAAGAAGUACGCGAGUGAAGCAUCUUGAGUAGAUUUUAAUACUGUACAGGUAAUUAAUAUUUCGGGCUCUCCGGAGAAGAUGUCAUAUUGAAACGAUAUUGUGUUACAGUAAAAAAAGUUAAAAUUUAACUUAGUAUUAACAGUUAAAGUGGUUUAUUGUAAAUAUGUCAUCACGAAAUUUCGGUUAAGUCUGCUAACAUUCUAAUGUUCUCUCGAACCUCAAGAAAGGGCUUGAUUUUGUACUGUUAGCGAAAAUUCUAGGCUGUUGCACAUCUAAAACAUACAUAUUUUAGAAGCAAUGUCCAAGGUGAAGGUGAAAAAAAAGAAUUGUACUACGAUUUCUACGACAAUGCCACUUUCGGCAAAAAAGCAUAAAAAGGCGAAGAGGAAAAAAUACGAGGGAAAGGCUGUGAAAAAUGCCGUAGAAGACGUGAAAAUUAAGAGCAACGCUCUACUUCCACCGAAAGAUUCCCAGCAAUUUUCGACAAACUGGAAGAACCUACAAGAGGUAUUAAAAUUGAACACAAAGGUGCAAGAACAGGAAUUUAAACGGCAAGACGGGAGCUCGAUUUCAAAUGAAAGCAAAGUUGAAGGGAAGCCCAUAAAAGACAUUCCAGCGAAGGGAACCAGUGCUCAAUUAAUAAAGGAAACGAAGAAUGGGAAACAGCAAACAGCAAAAGAUGGAUUGCUUCCUGCAUCGACCAAAAAUGACAAAUUAUUUGUUCAAUCUGAACAGUCGAACACACGGAAAAGGAAAAGCAUCAAUGGACAGACACCCAUAUACAAUAACAGACAGCAAAACAAAAAUAAGAGAUUUCAUCAGGAAGCCGAGAAGAAGCUAACAGAAGAUGACAUCUGGUUUGAUGACGUAGAUCCAGAUGAUAUUGAGGCUGCUGUGGGAACAGGUGCUGCUGAUAUAGUUCGCAGCCGGCAAAGAUCGAGGAGGACAGAUCAGAAGUCUAUAGAAAGCAGUCUUGUAAAAUGCAGGGCUUUUGACGGGCUGACAAAAGCGGUGGCCAUGGACUGUGAGAUGGUUGGAGUUGGGCCUGAAGGGCAGGACAGCAUAGUAGCCAGAGUCUCAAUGGUGAAUCAGUUCGGGAAGUGUGUUUAUGACAAAUACGUCAAGCCCACCGAACGAGUGACCGACUACAGAACACACGUUAGUGGUAUUCGUCCGCAGGAUAUAAAGAAUGGGGAAGAUGUCAAAACUGUUCAGAAAGAAGUUUUAGAGGUUUUAGAGGGAAGAAUUCUCGUGGGCCACGCCAUUCAUAAUGACCUCAAGAUCUUGCUUCUGGAUCACCCCAAAAAGAGAAUCAGGGACACGCAGAAGUACAAGCCGUUCAAGUCUAUCGUGAAGAGUGGUCGUCCCUCACUUAAGCUUCUCUGUGAGAAGAUACUCAAUGUCAAAGUUCAACAGGGUGAACACUCUUCUGUACAAGAUGCCCAGGCGACGAUGCGACUCUAUACGUUAGUGAAGAAGCAGUGGGAAUUAUCGAUAAAGGAAGGAUACAGAAACGGCGCUGUGGACAAGUGUACUGACCACUGCAUACUGGGAACACCCCACAAGAGCUGACCCACAAGACCUGCUGAUUUGGAGGCGCUGAUCCAGUUGUCUGGCCAUCACAAUUUGGCCCUUGUCAGAGUCGCUCAGAUCCUCAGCCUUGCCCAUUUUUCCUGCUUCCUCUUAUCAGGUAUGAUGAUGUUGCACAGCAACAUGAAACUAAAUCAGAAAUAUAGCAAACUGGUGGGAUAGUCUUACUACCUGGUUCAGUUUGGUAAUGGACCUGGUUAAGAAGGGUGUGAUGGGUUGUGUGUAAAGUUACCAUCCUCCAGGGUAGGUAGCUGGGUCCCCAUGAUUAUGAUGAUGAUAAAUAUGCCAUCAAUGUCUUAAAUGUGCUUCGUUUGAAUGAUUAAGUAAACUCCUGUGUGAAAUUCUAGAAAAAGCAGCUACACGCUGCAUUUAAAGCAUUUGUUGAAGUGAUGGUCACAACAGAACAGCUGCGUAAUUUAACAGGCAAAUGCAGAUAUUCAGGAUAUAUUCAUCAGUCCGUGACAAAUCAGCUGAUCGUUCCACGUCCUCAAUGAUGAGGCUUUGCUGUUACAAAUAACAUUUAGUGGAAUGUUCAUUUGUCCAUGAUUAAGCAGUUUUUGCAUAUUUUUGCAUAUAUUAUUGUUUAAACUUCCAAAUAUCGCUGUAAAAUGUAUAAACACCUACAAAUAGCAUGCAAAGAAUGAAUAAUGUUUAAUACAGUGAAAAGUCUGGAAACACCUGCAUGACUUGAAGACAUUGGUUAAGAUGAACUUUUCAGUCUUUUGUAUUGAAUGUGUUCUUCAUACUAGGACUAGAUUGUGUACAUUGACAUGGAGCAAACUGGGGCAAAUCUGGCAAUAAGAACAGUAUCUGAAAAUAUUAAAUCACAGCUGCGUCUUU